AUGGACUCGCUCAGUGCAACAGCCAGCAUUAUCUCAAUUCUCCAGCUCUCGGCCAAAGUUCUCGCGUAUGUGAACGAUGUCAAAGAUGCCUCAAAAGACCGUACACAGUAUGCUGUUGAGAUGUUAAACCUUCGCAGCCUGCUUUUCAAACUAAGAGACCACGUUGAGUGGGGAGAUUCUACGGAGCCAUGGUAUACCGCCGUCCAAGCCCUUGCAGUCAAGGAUGGGCCUCUUGACCAGUUCAAGCAAGCUCUUGAAACGCUACAGAUCAAGAUGACAGGCGGAGGCCGGCUAGGGGGGGCAGGUGAAGCGCUAGUGUGGAAGUUCAAGAAGGAAGAGAUUGCAAGCAUCUUGGGUCGGAUGGAGCGUUUGAAGUCGCUCGUGGAGAUCGCGUUACAAAUGGACCACUUAGCAACAUCGCUAAUAUAUAUAAGCAAACUCUCUCAAGCCAUCAAAGACGAUACCAACUACGUUCGGGCCCAUGUGCCUGCCAUACAAUCUGGAGUGGAGAAGAUCCAGCAAGAUCAAGAUUACACAAAGUACCGCCAGGUGGUGGAAUGGAUCUCUCCCUCAGAUUACCCGGCUCAACAAUCCGAUAUUAUAAAGCGCAGGCAAGAAGGAACAGGCCAGUGGUUUUUGGACGCGCCUGAAGUGGCAGGAUGGCUCACCGAAGUCGGGGGAACCCUCUUCUGCCCAGGAAUCCCAGGAGCAGGCAAGACCAUGAUAGCCGCCAUCGCGAUUGAUCACCUAUUGAAAUCCGCGCAGAACAGCUCACACGGGGUUGUUUACGUGUACUGCAACUACAAAGCUCAGGAAGAGCAGGAUGCUUCUAGUAUGCUGGCGGCCAUCCUAAAGCAGCUAGUGCAGGCUCAGCCGUCGGCCGUGGAGCCUGUGGAACGGUUGCACAAGCAGCAUGCCAAUAGGGGGACCAGGCCAUCGCUUGACGAAAUCUGUAGCACUCUCCAAGAUGUGCUCAAACAUUAUUCUACAGCCCAUAUAGUGAUCGACGCCUUGGAUGAGUGUCGAGAUAGUGACGGCACGCGUCGUACGUUUUUAGCCAAACUCCGACUCCUACAGGCAGGACGAGACAUUCGCCUCAUGGCCACCUCCCGGUCCAUACCAGAGAUUGAAGAGGCAUUUAGAGAUGCGAUGAAGCUGGAAAUACAGGCUAGUGGGGAGGAUGUGAAGCGCUUCGUGGCAGGCCAGAUAUAUCGACUGCCUAAAUGCAUUCAACGCAGCGAUGCGCUGCAGGACAUGGUGCAAGAAAAGAUUGUGGAGGUGGUAGACGGCAUGUUUCUUCUUGCUCGACUGCAUACGGAUUCACUAUUAGAUAAGAGAACACCGAAAGACGUCAAGUCAACUCUAGCCAAACUUUCCAAAGGCUCCGCCGCACUUGACAAUGCAUAUAAAGGUGCUCUGAUAAGAAUCGAAGGGCAACUAGAAGAUGAUUAUGAACGAGCUAAAAACGUUCUCUCAUGGAUCGCAUUCGCGAAAAGGCCGCUUACCACAGCUGAGAUUUGCUGUGCUUUAGCGGUAGAAGUGGAGAAAACGGAGCUCGACCCGGAAAAUAUAUGCGACGUCGAAGACCUGGUGUCCGUAUGUGCUGGUCUUGUCGUUGUUGAUCAAGAGAGUGCUAUUGUCCGUCUCGUGCACUACACUACACAAGACUUUUUUGAGCGUACCAAGCAUGCAUGGAAUCCAGCAGCUCCGCAGCAGAUUGCCACUAUAUGCCUCACUUAUCUAUCUUUCGACGCUUUCAGGAGCGGCAGCUGUUCUACUAAUAAUGGGUUUGAAGAUAGGCUCAGAACCCAUAAGCUCCUGGACUAUGCAGCUAAACACUGGGGCGACCACGCAAGAGUAGCCGAGGCUGAAGUGUGCGAGCUGGCCUGUUCUUUUCUUCUUGACCACGGGUUACUAGCAUGCGCUGGACAGGUAGUACUAAGGUCGGGAUUCAAGUACAAAAGGCACAAACAGUCUUGUCCUAAAAUCACAAGUUUUCACUUCACAGCGCAAUUUGGAUUGUCUAGUAUCACACAGGAACUCUUGUCUAAGAUGGGAGAGGAAUCUACUAAAUUUGUCAAUACAAAUGACGGCUGGGGCCGAGCUCCGUUAUUCAUCGCAGCAGCACACGGACAUUAUGAUAUGAUUAAGCUGCUACUCAACGCUGGCGCCAACCCAAACGCCCAGGGU